AUGGCAGUCGUGUGUGAUGCUCGUCAUCUAUUCCCUACUAGCUAUGAUGGGAUCUCAUCCACCCCCUCAUUUCUCCCACUCCCUCCCCCCUCAUGCUUCAUGUCACCCUCUCACAAGAUACGGCGACUGCUCGCUUCUCUCUCCUUCCAUUCACCGCUCACUGUCAGUGUGCCCCACGCCGCUUCUUCUUCGCCCGUCGGAUCCCACCCCCCUUUUCAUCCCCUUCCCCUUCACUCCAUGUCCCACCAUGGCGUUCUCAUACGCUCUACUUACCUUUGCCUCCUCCCAUGCACCGCAACUCCCUUUUCCCCCGUGCCCGCAUCCCCCUCUACCUACCGCCUUUCUCAACAUUCCCACAUCCCCCCUAUCCCUCCCUCCCCAAUACCUCAUUCUCUUUUUCACCCCUCUCCCACCCGAUCCCCAUGCCCCAUCCAUUCCCCCAUUCCCCCAUCCUCGAGCCCCUCCUAUCCCCCCUUCCCCCCUCCAUUUCUCCAUCUCGCCAGUCCCCCGCCUUUUCCUGCAGUGAACCUCGCGGUGCUGCUCGCCCAAGCUGCCCAGGCUGGACUGUGCCGCCCGCCCCCUUCCUCGCCUCUGACUUCCAUCUACGUCUCUCUCCCUCCCUAA